GUUUCCCAUUUUUCACCCACUCGUCUUACUUUGCAGCUUUACCGUGCUGUGCUUGGCUUUCCGAACACCAUAAUAUGUAGUGUGGGGAUAUGCCAUGUUAGCGAUGGACAAACAGGACUAUUACACCAUCUUAGGCGUAUCUCGAACGGCGAACAAAGACGCAAUUCGACAGGCCUACAAGGGAAAGGCGCUACAGCUUCACCCCGACAAAAACCCAAACGGCGCUGAUGUUUUCAAAAUAGUCGUCAACGCGUAUCAAACGCUCAACGAUCCCAUUAAGCGCUCCGCAUACGACCGUGAGCUGGCGCGAAACGACCGCGGCUUUGCGCAUCGCCCCGCGCGCCCCGCGGCCCCAUCAUACGCGCCUCGGGCCGCUCACCCCGCGCCUUCCCACGGCGCCGGCGGCGGUGGCCCUUCGUCCCGCAAACCGCGCUACGCUACCGACGAGCAGCUCUUCAAGGAUGCCUACGAACAGUACAAGAAGAACCCCUUCUCCGGAGCGCCGAACGCCGACUUCCGGGGCGCCCACUCAGAAGGAACGUUUGCGGAAUGGUUCAAGAAGAAGCAGGAGGAGCUGCGGAAGGCGGAGGAAGUGGCCAAGGCGAAGGCCGAACACGCGAAGAAUUUAGAGCGGGAGGAGCAGCGGAGGGCGGAGGAGUGGCGUGAGAUGCAGCGGCGCCGCGAAGAGGAACUGGAGGCGGAGAUGUACAAGGCGAAGGAGGUCCGCGAGAGAGAGCGCGAGCUACUGCGCCGCGAGCGAGAGGAGCAGGCGAAGGCGGAGCAGGCGGCGGCACAGAAGGCACGGAUGGAAGAGAACGCCGAGGUGCAACGGGCCCAGCAGGCGGCGGUGGAGCGGCACCUGCGUGAUUUAGCCUCGCAGAAGCGGCAGCUCGCUGAGGAGCGCCAACGUCUUGCGGACGAGCGGGUGCAGGCGGCGCAGGUUGCCGAGGAACAGCGGCACACGCGGGAUGCGGCGCAGCGGCGGCGAGAGCGCGAGUUGGCCGACGCCGUGCGCCGCGCCGAUGACAAGGUUCGCGUGGCGCAGGAGCAAAUAGCGAUGCAGGAGCUCGAGGAGCGCGCAAAGGCGGCGGAGCGCCUGCAGGAGGAAAAGCGGAAGCGUGCAGAGGACGAGCGCGCACGCGACGCGGAGCUCGCACGGGAGCGGCAGCGCAAGGAGGACGAGGCCGCCGCAUCAAUGGAGCGGCGACGCGCCAACGAGGAGAUGGGGGCGCAGCGGAAGCGCGUCAUUGCCCAGAUGAUGUCGGAGCGCCGCCGCCACGAGGAAGAGGUGUCCGCGAUGCGGAAAGAGACGGAUCGCAUAGAGGCUGAAAUGAAGUCUAAGCUAGAGGCUCUACGGGCUGCGAAAAGCUCCGGCCAGACUAUCAACCUGGAUGAGUGGAAGUUGUAG